GCACCAGUAACCCCACCUGGGAGAGACAGUGAUCAAUCUGCACCAGGGGGGAGGAGAGAGAAACGGUUUCACCAGGUGAAUUCGGGGGGGCUGAGGGCGGACAGACUGUACAGCCCCAGAGCACAGUGGGUCGACUCAACGAGAGGCUUUACGUCGUGGGAAAUAGCGCCAUCGUGUGGCGGUGACCCGGAGCUUCUCGUUACCUCGACUGUAAGCCAGACCCCAGCAGUUGUAUACUGUACCUCGGCACUGUUUGCACCAGCUAAUCCGCAGACAUCCAAGCGAUCUUCAGCAAGCGUCUCGAGGCCCUCGCACGGACACUCGGGCUGGAGAGAGCAGGCCGCAGCCAGACCGGGGACUCUUCUUGGCCGUCAGCCCCGGCCGCAGCCAUGGAUUCGUGGGUUCGGUUCAGCUCCCAGAGCCAGGCCAAAGAGAGGCUUUUCAGGGCCGCCCAGUACGCCUGCGCCCUGCUGGGGUACACGCUGCAUCGAGGCGGGGCGAGUGCGGAGCUGCUGGCGAAGGUUAGACAGCUGGAGGCACACAUGAGCCUGGGCAGAAAGCUGUUCCGGCUGGGGAACUCGGCCGAGGCCCUGGAGGCGGCCAAGCGGGCCGUGCACCUGUCCGACAGCGUGCUGCGCCUCUGCGUCACCGUGGCGCACCUCAACCGCGCCAUGUACUUCGCCUGCGACAACGCGCUCUGGGCCGGGCGUGUCGGCCUGCUGCCCCGGCUGGACCAGGAGAAGUGGAGCCACAGGUCGUUCAGGUACUACCUCUUCGCUCUGAUCCUGAACCUGACCCGGGACGCCUAUGAGAUCAGCCUACUGAUGGAGCGGGAGUCCCGGGGCACCGGGGGCGGUAAGGCGGGAGGCGGGCCUAGCGCCCAGCAACAAGAGAACGGGGAGGCGGGAUUGGUCAAGGGUGGCGGUGGCUCCACCCCCAGCGAGGGCUCGCUGCCGAAGUGCGCGCAGAGGCAGCUCCUCCUGCUGGCCGCCGUGCUGCACAGCAACCCCCCUCUCCUGCUGGACCUGCUGAAGAACUUGUGCGACAUCUUCAUCCCCCUUGACCGACUGGGCCUGUACAGAACCGGGCCUGGGUUUGUCGGGGCCUGCGGACUGACCUCUUCCAUCCUGUCCAUCCUCACCAUUGUCUACCCCUGGCUGAAGCUCAAACCCUGAGGGGCUUGGGCGUCAGCGCCAACCGAAGUCGGCCCCAGUCCACAUUGACCCUUGACCCUUGAACUUUGAACUUUGAACUCCACCCUGUAACACCCUCUGUCAGCAAGCGGACCUUCCCCGUAAAAGGCAUUCAGAGAGCUCUCCUGGCGGUCGGUGUCUUCGUAUGAAGAGAUCUUUCCAGAGUCUGUGCCGGGUCUUGGCUCUUGGCGUGCUUGGUGCAGUGGUGGCGUAUAGCGCCUUUCUUUCGGGAGCUGUCGUCAAGGUGCCCUGUCCCCGCACCUCCCGCACACCGACUCUGUGCAUUUUACCAGGCAGCUUCUCUGAACCUGUGUACCUGCCUGCCCACCUGGUGGGCUCUCUCUCCUCCUGACUGACUCCGCCCCAGCCUGCAUUUAACCGUGUGUAAUAAACCAUCUGAAGCCUAAUCACUGCAAUUUCUCUCUUUGUUAUUGUUGUAAAGGACAAACACUGACGCCUCACUCUGUCUCGGUAGUUUUACUGUACGGCUGAUUGGAAGGCUCGUUGGAAAUCUACAGUAUGUCUGGUUCUGCUUAAAUAAAAAAACUUAAUUGUUUUCAACAAAAA